CUCAUAACCAAAUUUAAACCCAAAUAUACAAAUCCAUAAAACCCCACCGCCCCCACUUCUUCUACUUCCUUCGCGAAAAACCCUAGUCCUCAAUUUAGGGUUUCUGAUUUUGCCCCUUUUCUACUUACUCUUCCUAAUUCGUGUUAGUUUAGGUAGAUUUGGGUUCUAUUUAGCUUAGCCCUAAUCAAUUUUUGCAGUAAUUUUUGUUUACUUGCUUUGAGGUAAAUUUAAGCUAUGGAUUUCCGAAAGAGGACGAGAAACGAUGUUGGUGCUAACGUUAAUGGUGGUGCUAAGAAAUAUAAACCAGAAAUGGACUCCUUAUCAAGUGGUGUAGGAAGCAAAUCAAAGCCAUGCACGAAGUUUUUCAGCACUGCUGGCUGCCCCUUCGGCGAGAGCUGCCAUUUCCUUCAUUACGUCCCUGGUGGCUAUAAUGCGGUGGCCCAGAUGAUGAAAUUGGCACCUGCUCCAUCAAUGAGAAAUGCUACAGCACCCCCAAUUCAUGGAAAUGCCCCUGCUGUGAAAACCAAACUUUGCAACAGAUUCAACUCGGCGGAGGGAUGCAAAUUUGGAGACAAAUGCAAUUUUGCUCAUGGGGAGUGGGAAAUCGGAAAGCCCAUCGUGCCUUCACAGGAGGAUCCACGUGCAAUGGGGUUUGGAUCUAUGCCAGGUCGUUUUGGUGGGCGGACGGAGCCUCCUGUUUCAGGUCCUGCUGCUAGCUUUGGCACAACAGCCACUGCGAAGAUCAGUGUAGACGCUUCCCUUGCUGGACCCAUCAUUGGGAAGAGUGGAGUGAACUCUAAGCAGAUUUGUAGGCAGACAGGGGCAAAGCUGGCUAUCCGUGAUCAUGAAACAGAUCCAAAUCUCCGAAACAUCGAGUUAGAGGGCACGUUUGAACAAAUUUCACAGGCUAGUGCCAUGGUAAGGGAAUUGAUCAACAGCCUUGGUCCAGUAGGUGGCCCUGGAAGAACACAUGCAAAUCCUGGCGGCGCUGCUCCUCCAAGGAGCAACUACAAGACAAAGUUGUGUGAGAAUUUCGCCAAAGGGUCUUGCACUUUUGGAGACAGGUGUCACUUCGCCCAUGGUGCUGCUGAAUUGCAGAAAACAGGGGUCUGACUGUAAUAGUCUGCUUUACUUUUUGUAGAACCUAGCUCUUUGGCAGCACAGUUGUGUGACCCGUUGUGUUAUUCUCAAUUUUGAGUUCUGGUUAUGCGAUGCAACUUCAUGGGAGGAACUGAGUUUUAUUUAGUAGUCUGGCAGGGUUUUUGACACUUUAUCAAAGCAGAAGUUCUACUUACAGUAUUGCAUAUUUGUGUUAGAACAUAGAAGCUUAUUUCCUUUGAUUUCUUUUGCUCCAUUUGGUUUUUUUGAGCUGUUAGCUGUUUUGAUAUGGUAAAAAAGAAGCUGCCAAUAAUUUGAUUGGGCUGAAA